AUGCAAAUUGACGAAACUAAUGAUACGGUAACACAGAUGAUUGAUAACGAUGUGCAAUAAUAGUAGAAGGAGGCAGAGAAUAACCAGCAAGACAAUUAGCAAGAGGUUAUUGAACAACAGAGUCUUGAAUAAUAUUAGGAAUCAAAUGAAAUUCUCCUGAAACAAAUGGACGAUGAUGAACCUAUAUUCAUCCUAGUGAGCAACCCUUCGGAAGUUAAGUCUUCUUCGAUGAAUAAAUUCCUCGUUUACACAGUGAAGGGCAAAGAUGCCUUGGGAAAUUUUGAAGUUCAGAGGAGAUUCAAUGAGUUCUACACAUUGAGAGAAUCAUUAUUGCAAAUUUGGCCAGGUUUGUACAUACCACCCUUGCCAGAUAAAUUAGUAAAUCCAACAGGGGAUCAAUUAUUAGAGAGAGUCAGAUUAUUGAAUAUCUUUGUGAUGAAGAUGGCACAGAUAAAGUAUUUAUAUUAUUCGGAGGAAUUUGUGUAAGUAUUUCUGAGAUCAUCAUAAGCGGAUGUUUGUAAAUAAAUUCAAAGUUUACCUAAGCCUAACAUCAGAUCACAGAUUGAGAAAUUCAAGCAUAUUUUUGAGUUGGACUAAGUUCAAGAACCAGAUGCCAAUUCGAUUAAUAAGAUUAAUCAGAUGCAAAGGUUUUGUAAAUAAUCUCAACAAUUGUUGAUCAAAUUAUUUGAUUAAGCCAAAGGAUUGAGUGGAAGUAAAAGGUGUUUGAAGGAACUGUUCCAUUCAUUUUUCGGAUAUGGAUUGCAGGAAUUCGAAUAACAAGUAUUGCGACCUUGUUUAGAGAAUGAGAAGCAACUCAUUUUAACAAAUCCUGAUGCUUAGGAGUUGAAAUCCACUUUGGAUUAUUUAAAAGACCAAAAUCAGAUAUCUUUGGAUAAAAUUUAAGACUUGAUAUCAACAGAAUAAAGGGAUAUGGAAGCAUUUUUAUAAGGCUUUUAAUCGAGAGAAUCAUUGUUGCUCACAAAGUCAAAGGUCGAGAACAAGUUAAGAGAUUAACAGGAACAAUUAACAAAAGUGAUGAUUGCAAAAGGAGGCAGUUUUGGUAAAACCUAGGAGGAACAACGUUAGAAGAUUGAAUUACAGAUAAUUGAAAGUUAAAACGAUGUAGACUCGUACAAAUAUUAUUAUCAAAUGGUAACCCAUGUUUUGACAACCAAAGCCAUUGACAAGUUCAAGAAGGACAAACAUGAAUCAUACAGGAGAAUCGUUAGAGAUUUAGCAUAAUUGGAAAUAGAGAGCAAUUAAGUUAUGUAAGAGGUCUGGACCAGAAUUAUAAGUCUGGCCGAGUCACUAAGAGUGAAGGAAUGA